GUACGGUGAGUUUAUACGUGUUGAAGAAGACCCAUGUACGCACCAAUCAAUCAGGAGAGUCUGUCACGCAGGUAUGCAAGGAGGGGAUGACAUGAAAAGCUCAUGAGAGUGACCAGCUACUUCCGUCUGCCCGUUGUGCAUGUGCUGGGUGGGUGUUCGUGUGCCCCGUUUUGUCCUCUCAACCGAAGCUCAAUCACACCCUCGUCAAGAAGGCGGUGUGAUUGAAGCUCAAGCAAGAGAACACAACGGAACACGCGGACCACACCCCCCCACACUGAUAACCAAAACGCACUCCACCAGCGAUUAAAACUCAUUCAUGUAAGCCAGUAUUUACAUAAGCCAGUAUUUACACGAGUCAGCUCACGGAGGUGUGCCCGCACAGCCGUUGAAAAGUCAGCCAAAAGAAAAUGCAGCCCACAGCUCACUCUCACACACACGGGAUGCUAGCUGGAAGGAGAGAUGGGAGCGAGGCAGACAGACAGGUAGAUAAAAGCAAAGAGGUGUGUGUACGCGAGCUGUGUGUGGUGGUGGCUGCUCGGCUGGUGGCUCAGAUGAGGUCGGCCACGUUCAUAGGCAUCUCGUCUAUCUGCGUCGAGUAAUACUGCUCGAUAUCACGGAGAAUGCGAAUGUCGUCAUUCUGACCACCACACAAAGCACACACACACACACACACACACAUUCGUCAUGCUGUAAGCAUUCUCUCACUCUCUCUCUCUCUUUUUUUUUGUGUGUGUGUGUGUGAAUGUGACUGUUACCUUGACGAAGUUGAUGGCGACACCCUUCCUGCCGUAUCGGCCGGACCGCCCGAUGCGAUGGAUGUACAGCUCACGAUUGUUGGGCAGGUCGUAGUUGAUCACCAGCGACACCUGCACACACCCAUACGCCCAUGCGAUGAGCAGCGAGGUGGAUGACAUUCGUGUUGCCGACUGACCUGCUGCACGUCCAGCCCUCUCCCCCAGACGUCCGUAGCUAUCAGUACCCUGCACUCACACACAUGCCGAAGACACAGAGUGGCAUUGUGGUCUGCCUGCGUGUGUUGAUGGAUGAUUUAUGUACCUGUUAGACCCACUCCUGAACUGGCUCAUAAUUUGCUCCCGCUCCUUCUGCGGCAUGUCACCGUGCAUCGAACUCACCUGCAUCCAGCACACAACAACAGAUACAGGCCGAUCCUUGUGCUCCCCACCACGCACCACGCCUCUCUCCCUCUCUCCCUCCCUCCCUUCGGUAACGAACCGUGAAGUUGGCCUCGCGCAUCUUCUGUGCGAGCCAGUCGACCUUGGCCUUGGUGUUGCAGAAGAUGACGGCCUGUGUGAUGGUGAGUGUGUCAUACAGGUCGGUGAGGGUGUCGAACUUCCACUCCUCGCGCUCGACGGCGACGAAGAACUGCUUGAUGCCCUCGAGGGUGAGCUCAUCACGCUUGACCAGCACGCGGAAGGGGUUGUUCAUGAACUUGCGGGUCAUCUCGAGCACCUCGUGCGGCAUGGUGGCCGACACGAGGAUCACCUGAGUGGAUGGCGGCAGGUACCGGUAGAUGUCGUACACCUGCUCCUUGAACCCGCGGUUGAGCAUCUCGUCCGCCUCAUCCAGAAUCAGCAUCUUGAUCCGACGCGUCGUGAAGUGCCGCUCGUUGAUCAUGUGGAACACGCGGCCAGGUGUGCCCGACACGAUGUGCACACCCGCCUCGAGGGCACGGAUGUCGUUGCCGACCGCCUUGCCGCCGACGCAGCAGUGCACCUGGACGUUCAUGUAGUCGCCGAGUGCGAGGGCCACCUUCUGGCUCUGCUCCGCCAACUCGCGCGUGGGUGAGAGGAUGAGCACCUGGGGAUCCCGCUCGGUCAUGGCGAUGGUCUGCAGCGCUCCCAGGCAGAAGACGCACGUCUUGCCCGUCCCCGACUGGCUCUGGACUAUGACGUCACGUCCCUUCAUGAUGGGCACGAUGGCGCGCGCCUGCACCGCCGACGGACGCUCGAAGCCGUAGGCGUAGACGCCGCGCAGCAGGUCCUCCUUGAGCUCCAUGCUGUCGAAGGUGGGGAACACCUGACAGUCCUCGCUCGUCUCAAACACCAUCUGCUCAUCCGAAUCUAGCGCCGACAUGGUGACUACAGGGACCAACGAUGGGCGGGAAGGUAGAGGGGGAUAAUCAGCGAAAAACACCACCCGGCAGAGCGUAGGGUUUGG